AUGGUAGAGAAUUGGGCCAUGCCGAUUCUAAAUCGCACAGACCCAGAACCGUAUGAAAUAAUUGAAUCAGACGGGAAGGAGGGAUUUACAGCUAUGUCCAAGGUGUAUCACCAGUUAGGCUGUCUUGUUAGUACCAUGCUGGCCCUUGCAAAAAUGCAAAAACCAGCAGAAGAGACUCGCAAGCAUAUUGACCGCUGUAUUGAGGAUCUUCGCAUCAGUCUAAUGUGUUAUAGCGACAUGACACCGUUGCUUAUCACGAAGGAGCGCGAUCCAGAUUCGGGCUUCAAGGCAGAAUUAAACAGCCAUCACAAGUGCCGCAAUUUUCAUAAAUUGGUAGACUGGACCAUAUCACAUGGUGUUGAACAUUGGGAGAAAGAGGGUGGAUUCCAUCAACAUGGAGACCGUGUAUAG